GAGGGAAAUAGUUUGGCAGAGAGAAUAAGAAAAGUUUGUAAGGGAAAAAUUUUGUUUUUCAUUUUCUUUGAGUUGUUUUUUCUUCAUAAUGUUUGUGCUUUGUUUUUAUUUGUUUUUCUGAACUAAUCGUUAAAAAUUUUUUAAUUUUUAGACAAAUUUUAAAUUUUAUUUAAAUCUUGAAAAAAGAAAAUGCCACUUCAAUGGAACAGUCUUGACACCAGAUACGCUUUUUUAUCUGGGGCGGUUCCUGCGGGCGUUGCUCUUGGCGGUUCUUUGUGUGUUAGCAAGAAUGAGAAUUUGGUCAACUUCAUUAAGGCUCAACGUUUGUCUUCAUGCAUCGCUCCAUCGUGCCAAUACUUUUAUCUUGCGGCUAAUGUUGGUGCAGCAGCUACUUUAGGCUACGCAUCUUAUUUGGUUUACAAGAUUGGCGGAGGUUUUGAUUAUACUGACACGACUGUUGCUCUUGGACUUUAUGGGGCUACUAUCGCGUCUGGACUUGUGGCAGUGCCGUUAUUGCGAACCAAGAAGGCUAAAUGGCUUGCUGCAAACACCAUCAUUUUGACCGGACUGUCAAUUGCUACAACCGUCGCUUUUUACAAAAUUGACAAAAUCUCUGGACUUUGGACCAUACCAUUUUCCGUUGUUUCACUCUAUUAUGCUGCUAUUUGGGGAAAAGCGGCUUUUGGUUGUUGCGGGAAGACUACUACCGAAUAG